UUGAGGGUUCCUGGCUGAUUCCAAGUACUGCAUUAUUGGACCUAGUUAUGAGUUACAUGAGUUAUGACCCAAAGAAAAAACAGGGUUCAAAGCCUAAUUAAGGGCCUUUUUGUUUUCUGCUAUAAGUGCUCAGUCGUUUUCUCAUGUGUAUUCCCUGUCUUCCUCUGAUUUUUGCCGACAUCCAUUUUAGCAUAUUCAAUCAGGUAUUGCAAUUAAACCCCAAUGAUUAUUGAUGCUGCUGAACAAGAUUCGAAAUUCAUAUCAAAUAUCCCUGCCUGGUUUUCCUUUUCCUAUACAAAAGAAAAAAAUAUAACACUUCUUCAACAUGAUAUUAACAUGGUGAAGCUAAAGCGUAGAGCCUGUUGAUGUCCACAUGACCAUCAGUUAGUUUAAGACAAUCAAUCAAUGGAAAAACUUACAAUAAUAAGUUCUCUGUUCUAACACACAAAAGAUCAGGUGGAUUAAAACAAAUACACGUGUUCAAAAUACAUUGUACUUAAUCUGGAUGAUAGCCAAGGUCCACGGUGUUCGUACGGCAAGCUGAUCAUUUCACCAACUCCGAAACUGCCAACAUUUUGUAACUCCAAAUCCAAAUCCAAAUCCAAAUCCAAUUACAACAAAUAUCAUAAAUCACGAUUCACGGCUCAGCUUUAACAGACAGAGUUGCAGAAAGGAUGACCUUGGGAACGCCAUCAACUCAAGCAUACGGUGAGCCAUGGUACUGGGACAACCGCUACGCCCACGAAUCUGCUCCUUUUGAUUGGUACCAAAAAUACCCUGCCUUAGCCCCCCUUAUCCACCUUUAUGUCCCCCACCGCCAUCAACGCGUUCUCGUUGUCGGCUGCGGUAACUCAGUGUUUAGUGAAGACAUGGUGAACGAUGGAUACGAGGAUGUUGUCAACGUUGAUAUAUCCUCUGUGGUCAUCGAAGCUAUGCAAACUAAGUACUCCAACCGUCAACAGCUAAAAUAUAUUAAAUUGGAUGUACGAGAUAUGAGUCCUUUUCAAGCUGGUUCCUUUGAUGCAGUUAUUGAUAAAGGCACUCUUGAUUCUAUCUUGUGUGGAAAUAAUUCUCGACAGAAUGCUACUCAAAUGCUUCAGGAAGUCUGGAGGGUCCUCAAGGAUAAAGGAGUCUAUAUUCUGAUAACGUAUGGAGCUCCAGUAUAUCGUCUUGACUUGCUGAAAGAGUCAUGCAUGUGGAGCAUAAAACUGCAUGUGAUAGCAAAAUUUGGAUCAGAAGGAAGUUCUGAGCAGCCAAUAAGGGAAUUGACAAACCCCGUUCGAUUGGAGGAGAGUGGAAGUUCAGUGGAAGAUGUACUUGGAGAGAAACCUGACGUCCAUUACAUUUAUGUUUGUACCAAGGCAACCAACGCUAAGGAAUGAAGUGGACGCUGAUUGAAGAAGAUGAGGAUCUUGAGCCUUUUGCAGUGCAAUUCUUUUUGCUGUAGCUGAUUGUAACUUUAGUUCUGUGCUGUUUGUAUGAUGAUGCCAUGAGCUAUUCAAAUUUAAUCUGGCUAUGACAUUCAGAGCAUUUGUAAUAACUGAACCAAUUGCAGCAGUUUUUUUUAUUGCUUUCAGCCAUUGCCUAUAAUAGUACAUUCUAUUCCCCUCUCUGGCAUGAACCGAAAUAAACUUAUGAACAUUCUUUUUGAAAAAGAAAAAUGGAUGAUAGUUUCAGGGAGGGGAUUUGAACUUGAGACCUUAUCUUUCGCAGAAGAGUGUUGGAACCACUUAGGUUAUGAUUCGACAAGGUCUUACUUCCUUCUUGUGUGAUCUUUAAAAAAUUAUGUCGUUUACUUGAUCACUGAAACUUGUGGAUGGGAUGGAGAUGAUCAUAUGGUGCAUUGCCUCGCAUCUUCUUUAUCAACUAGGAACCUUAUUUAAGGUGACAGAAGAGUGAGAUUAUUUUCAGAGCCUGUGCAUGCUUCUCCGUCCUCGGAAGGUGACUGUGCUCCAGGUUUUUUGCAAUUUUCACGUGCAAUGGCGAGUGCUAUCAACUGGAGUAGGCUAUAUCUGGUGAUUAACUGUUGAACUAGGUAACCCCCCAUUUGGUUGCUUUAAACCAGGGACGGGUUGACUUGAAUUGCCUUUAUCUGGCGUAUUAACCAAGUUGAUGAUGAGCCGAAAAUUCAGUGAUCUGGGUGCGCAGGUUCAGUUUAUAUCUAUUCUGAACUGAUAGAAGAUACCACCACAACUUACCAACCAAGAGGCCAAGACAAAAACACAGAUAAUCUCCCAUUAGAAUAGCUGCCAUCACUACAAUUUUCAGGAUAAUAAUAAUGGAGUCCUGAGAAAAAGAUGGACAUUGCUAUUAUUAUUCUGUAAUCAAAUCUGAUAGAUGAGGCUAGCUCUGGCUCAGCCAGCAUUGCAACCAUCCUUUCUCGCCAUUUCUCUCACUCUCAAACUUAUUGUUAUUGCCAUAUGAAAUUAAUAUAAUUUGGUGACAAUUUAAUUGGGCAGCAGAAACCCAUCUCAAAAAUGGAACUUCAAAAU